AUGGAUCAUGAAGAUGAGGAGAUCGAGAUCCCUAAUUACUUCAUCUGCCCAAUUUCACUAGACAUUAUGAAAGAUCCAGUCAUAACCGUUUCUGGCAUCACUUACGACCGUGAAAGCAUCGAUAGGUGGCUUGUAAAGGUCCCUUCUUGCCCCGUGACCAAGCACCCUAUUCCUUCUGACUCCGACCUUACGCCUAACCAUACGCUUCGCCGUCUGAUCCAACAUUGGUGCGUCGAGAAUGCGACGCGUGGUGUUGUCAGAAUCCCCACGCCUAGAGUUCCUCCAGGGAAGCCUAACGUCGUGGAGGAGAUCAAGAAUCUCAAAAAGUUUGGAGACGAAGCUUUGAGAAGAGAAGAUACGUUGAAGAAUCUUGAAGCUUUGGCUAUGGAGGGAGAGACAAAUAGGAGACUGAUGUGUGAAGGAGAUGUACAUAGAUCAUUGAUCUUGUUCGUAGUCAAGUGUACUCGUGAAGAAGAAGAAGAGGAGGGACAACGUCUUAUCAAAAGGCAGCUAGAUGAGACUCUACGUCUUCUUCACUUGAUCGGUGUUCCACUACACGACUCAAGAACAAUCUUGAUGGAAAACGACAAGAUCUUGGAAUCAUUGGCUUUGGUUCUAAACCAACAAAACUUCAUCAACAAAGCUUACACAAUUGUGCUCUUGAGGAAUCUAACAGAAAACACUUCCUCUCAUAUCGCCGAGAGAUUGAAUCCCGAGAUCUUAAAAGGGAUCAUAUGUUUUCUCAAGGAUGUAAUAAGUAGUUUCAAUCACAAAACCCCUAACGUGAAUACCACGGCACAAUCAUCAAACCCUAGAGUAAGAAACAAGGUACAAUCAAAACUUGAUUAUACCUUGGUUGUUAAACAAGCUGUGACCGCUUCGCUGAUGAUUCUUCUAGAAACCUCUUCAUGGAGCCGCAACCGAUCAAUCCUUGUUGAUCUCGGUGCGGUUUCUCAACUCAUCGAACUCGAGAUAAGCUCAACAGGCGACAAUAGAGCCACGGAACUUGUGUUAGGAAUCUUGUCUCGUCUAUGUUGUUGCGCAAACGGUAGAGCCGAGAUUCUUGCUCAUAGAGGUGGAAUCGCUAUUGUGACAAAACGGUUGUUGGGAGUUUCUAUUGCAGCAGACGAUAGAGCUCUCUCUAUCUUAAGCACAGUGUCUAAAUUCUCGCGGGAGAAGGCUGUGGUGGAAGAGAUGGUUUGCGUUGGGACGGUGGAGAAGCUUUGUACUGUACUAAGAGUGGAUUGUGGUUUGAGUUUGAAAGAGAAAGCGAAAGAGAUACUUAGGGAUCAUUUUGAUGAAUGGAAGAAGUUUCCAUGCAUUGAUGUAACUAUUCUUACUAAGCUUUUAAGUUCUUCGCACGAAGAUCUACUCGCCGAGUUUUACUCACAAGCUAAUGUUUAA